AAGCGACCAGAUCAUAAUGAAAAGCCUUUUUAUGAUUAUAGUGGAAACGUAAGGCGAAACGGAGGACUUUGGUAAUCAGGAAAAAAGUGUUUUCAUUUUUAUGUUCAUUUACGGACACGGGAUGUGCUACCAUACGUCACCACUCGGGGGAGGCAUUGCUCUUGGAAGCCACAGGGGUUCCCCGUUAAUGUCCACCUUUCCUCCCCUUUGCCUUUCCCACUGUCCUAUCCAGAUCGUUACACUACACUAUUAUACACUACUGUACUCUCCACUCAUCCAGACACAAAGUGCUCACACUCACAUCAGCAGCCUCACUAUCUGCCUCGUAUAAACCAGCCAUUCACCAUCAAUCAUGGCCGCCGGAGUACAAAUCUAACCCGUCUUUCCUCCCUGACGUGCGAAGGGGAGGAUUACUAUCAAUUUUUUGGGUUGUUGGAGGAAGACAAAUUACCAGAUUUCUUUUUUGGAUUACAGCACAUUUGACAGGAGAAAUAACAUUCAUGUCAAUACUCCAAAAUGCAGCCACCGCCGAGGAAGGUUAAAGUGACACAGGAGCUGAAGAACACGCACACAGACCAGUUGACAAGACUGCACUUUAAAAAUCUGAGUGAAUGCGACCUGCUGGAAGACAUGAGGACCUACAGUCUGAAGAAGGGACAGCUUGAGAGGGAUUAUGCACAGGCUUUGCAGAAGUUAGCUAGCCAAUAUCUAAAGCGAGACUGGCCAGGAAUCAAUCAAGACGACCAGAGAACAGACUACAGGAAUGUUUAUGCAGUGUGGCGGUCCUACUUAGAGGGUACGGUGCAGGUGAGCCAGUCCAGACUCAAUGUUUGUGACAACUACAAGAGCCAAGUUUCAGAUCCUGCAAAGACUGUCAGACUCUACAAGGAGCAACAGCUAAAAAAGAUGAUUGAUCAGUUGAGUGGCAUUCAGGCAGAGCUGCAGGAGUCGGUGAAGGAAUUAGCCAAAGCCAAGAAAAAAUACUAUGACUGUGAGCAGGUUGCCCAUGCAGUACGGGAAAAGGCUGAUAUAGAAGCCAAGUCUAAGCUGGGUCUUUUUCAGUCAAGAAUUAGCUUGCAAAAAGCCAGUGUAAAGUUGAAAGCAAAGAGAAGUGACUGUAACUCGAAGGCAACACAGGCCAGGAAUGACUACUUGUUAACACUAGCUGCUGCCAAUGCUCACCAUGACCGCUACUACCACACAGACCUGCUGUAUUGCAUACAGGCCCUGGAUGGUAGGAUCUAUGAGCAUGUAAAAGACUACCUUAUAGCGCUGUGUCGCACUGAGCUGGAAGCCUCACAGGCGACACACAACACCUUUCAGUUCCUGUUAGACAAAUCUACCAGGAUAAUACAAGAGUACAACCAGCAGUUGUUCAUGCAAGAGAAUCCAGUGUUCCACAAAGCACACGACUUCCAGUUCCAGCCUAGCGAAUGUGACAAGACGCUGAGCUCAGUGCAGCAGUUGGUGGACAUUGAGCCUUCGCCCGUCAGUGCCAUGAGAAUGACCCUGGCACAGAGUCGUCAGCUGGAGUCCGAGAUGGGAACCACAGAGGAGCACAGUCUGAACAAGGAGGCUAGGAAAUGGGCAACGCGAGUAGCCAGAGAACACAAGAAUAUCAUACAUUAUAAGAGAUCACUAGAGGAGUGUGAGAGUCACGGCCUGCCCCCCACUGAGCAAGGCAGAGCAGAUCUAGAGAUGAAGAUAGAAGAAUCCAAAGAAAACAUACGCAAAGCUGAGACAAUAAAGUUGAAAGCAGAAGCUCGGUUGGACCUCCUGCGGCAAGUGGGUGUCACUGUGGACACCUGGCUGAAGAGCGCUAUGAAUCAGGUGAUGGAGGAGCUUGAGAAUGAGCGCUGGGCCAACUACACUUCCCACGAUGCCUCACUGUCGGGUACAGUGGACUUGGAGCGUGAGGACGGUGAGGAGUGUGAGGAGAAUAUGGAGGUUUUUGAUGACAGCAGCUCCAGCCCUUCAGGAACCCUCCGCAAUUACCCGCUAACCUGCAAGGUCCUUUACUCAUACAAGGCAUCUCAACCAGAUGAGUUAACCAUCGAUGAACAGGAGAUGUUGGAGGUCAUUGAGGAUGGGGACAUGGAGGACUGGGUCAAGGCUCGCAAUAAGACAGGACAUGUGGGUUAUGUUCCUGAGAAAUAUCUGCAGUUUCCUGCGUCCAACAGUUUGCUGAGCAUGCUUCAGUCACUGGCAACACUGGACGCUCGAUCACAUACUUCUUCCAAUUCCACCGAGCCAGAGUUGCACUCCGGCUGCAUCAAUGGCGACGCUAACAUGGUGUAUGUACGAGCACUUUAUGACUACGAAGGCCAAGCGGAGGAGGAACUCACAUUUGCGGAGGGAGCAGUGAUUCGCCUUCUGAACCGUGACACUCAGACGGAUGAUGGCUUCUGGGAGGGGGAGCUUAACGGAAGGGUGGGAGUUUUCCCCUCUGUUUUGGUGGAGGAUCUAACAGAGAACGGAGAGACCAGUGUAGGAGGGCCCAAUGGAAUACAGGUCUCUCCCGCUCCCAAGCUGCCAUCCUGCCUUCCACCUCUUCCGCUGUAUGACCAGCCUCCAAUCAGCCCUUUCACCAGCCCUGAGGCCUCCACCCCUCCUCCUCUCCCGCGUUCACCCUCUGCUGCACUCAACGGGGAGCACAAGCUUCCACUUCCUGCUGCGUCACACAAGACGCAGAUAAACACUCAAAAUAUAACUUCUGGCAGGAGUCCAGUGUCACCUGGCUUUCAGCUGCAGCCGCCGAGAUGCGCCCCUGAAGGAUGCUCAGGCAAACUACGACCUGUGCGCGCGGCUCCUCCACCACCCAAACAGCAGUCUCGACGACAGCAGGGGAAGAGCGACAAGGCGGAAGAGGUGGAGAUCACGCUGGUGUAACUGACAGAAGAUGGCAGGCGGUUAGACGCACCCUCCAAAACAUUGUAAACCGAUGAUAUCCCAGAGGUGUCAGAGCCAUUCAGCUCUGAGCUUAAAUAAACUGAACUGAACCACAUAAAACCCCUUCCCUUCAAGCAACCUCUUGUUCUCUGUUAUCCUCAAGUUGAGGCGGGGAAGAGAGGAAGGCGGGAGAGAUGGGGUAUCCAAUUUAAUAUUAUCGGUAUUUGCUUCCUAAUGAAGUGCAGCAGUAGCUUCCCCAGUGUUACCUCUCUGACUUCCCACCUUCUUCCAUUCUUGCCUUAAAACCUCACCUCAUUUGGCAGAGGCCCAGAGCACACUGAAGAGCAGGAUGAGGAGAGGAGGAAGAAUGCUUGCAGAGGAAAGGAGAAGUUUUUCUUACCUUGUUGAUCUUACUUCAGUUUCGUAGCUGAGAAACUGAUGUUUUAUUACACACACACAGUAUGAAGAAAUAGUCAUGUAGCAUUAGAAGUUAUGGAGACAAAGUCAACGAUUGCAAAUUAUUUGUCAUUUACCACCAACCUGUCAAUGGAGUAUUUUGUUCACACACAUGCAUCCUCUUUUUCCAGCAUCAACAUGAUGUUCUGUGUGUAGGAUCAUGUCUCCAGUCUGACUCUGAGUGCAGUUCUGUCAUUGUGAUGGCAGUUGCACAUACAAAUGCUGGGCCAAUCAUUGUUCUGGGUGUCACAGGCAACACCAAUUUCACUAACAAACACAGUGGAACCUUUAAAGUCGAACACAAUCCAUUCCAGGGCACAUUUAGACACAUUUCUGGUAGUUCAUUCAUUUUCUAUACCGCUUGUCCUCAUUAAUGUCACGGAUAAGCUGGAGCCUUUCCCAGCUGAGAGGCGGGGUACACCCUGGACUGGUGACCAGUCAAUCACAGGGCACCUAGAGUAUAACAAACAACCAUUCACGCCUAUGGGCAAUUCAGAUUCUGACAUUAACCUAACCUGCAUGGCCAGUCUGUGGGAGGAAGCCCGAGUACCCGUAAAAUCCACACAAGGGGGGUGCAUACAAACUCCACACAAAGAUGGUGACAUAUUCCUAUUGUCAAUGCUCAUUUUUUAAAAUUAUUUUUAAAUUAAAUUGCAAUAAUCCAUUCUAGGGUCAAAACUUUUAUAACUGUACAGGAAUUGUAACAUUUGAACAUUCUUAACUGUUAUAUAAGUGUAAAAACAAGUUAACCACUGUAUAAAAUAAAAAUUAAUAAAAAAAAUUGUUCACCUUUUUAAGACGUGACAGAGGUUAAAACUAUCUUUUAGGCAGCUUAACGUAUGCAGCUGACUUUGCUGUGCACAUUCCACUUCCACUUUUAGUACCGAUUACCAAUGUCGCUUUAGUGAUAUUGUGCUGAGCAGCCAGGAAAGAUGUUUGUACCGCUUUCCAACAUUGCAAUAAAUUCCAGUUUUUGUGAUUCCGUGGUCAUCAUCGUCUUUGCCAUUUCUGGAACACAACCAAAGAAAAGCAUAUUUUCCUGAAAAUGUAGAUCAGUUUCCAAAUUGCACUACGUUUGUGGUGUUCAAAUUUGAAGGUUCCACUGUCAAAACAAAUGCAGGAAAAUGUGUUUGGAGUUAGGAACAAAACGGGAGUUUCAUUUCAUCAAAUUGGUGGUAAAUGCAAUUUUUUUAAAUUUAUGGAGCCUCCAUAGAAAGUAAGCAAGAACAUUUUUCAUGGGUUUGGAUAGAUCAACUGGGUGUCCCCUUCCCUACCCCGCUCGCCAUAUAUAGUUCUCACCAUUAUACAGUAUGUAUUCAAUGUGUAUUAGUACAGUACAUUACUGUUGUCAUAGGAAUGUUAUGCACAGCGUUUGAUACUCUCGGCUAAAUGAAAUAGCUCGUCUGAUACAAGAUGGAAGCGCUUACUCUGAGAGGUCAUUGUAAAUAUGGUAUGAUGGAGAGCUUGGAAUGAGGACUGGAGAGCGAGAUGGGGGGAAAAAGAGAGAACAGAGAGGCUGGAUCCUUCCUUCUGCUCUUUCCUCUAUCUCUUUCUCAAUCCCUCCCUUCCUGAUCUGUUUCUCUAAUGUCUGUACCGUUCAUUGGCAGUGAGUGUGACUUGUAUUCAUAUACAGCUGCAUCAUACACGCACAUAUGCUGUAUCUUCUCAAAGCGUGACUGACUGACUCCCAGUUGAUUGAUUUUGAAGGCACUGAAGACUGUUGGUAUUUGUUGUCAUGCUGAUUUUGGAUAGACUGUAUUUCUGGCACAGGGAUCAACUGAUGUGUUUUUAUUGACUGCUUCAUUAUGGGUUGGUAGUUUUAUUCAUUUUAUUCAUUGGUUCUGUACCUGACAAUCUGUGUGUUUGCACCGAAUACCUCCAUCAGCAUCACUCAUGAUACAAACCUCAUUUUCUUCCGCGGUGGAUCAGGGGUGGCUGAAAUAGAAGAGACAUGCUGUAUGGACAGAUGCAAAUGACAUUCAAAUGGCGCUGAGUACAAUUCUGUUUUUUUUUUCACUCUGACCCCCUUUAUAAAUGCCCUUCAAGCCUUUAAGCACCUUGCCAGAUGGCAGCGUAGCACUUUUAUUUAUUUGUACGAACCCUGCGAAGUAGCAGUACCUCCACUUAGCACCAGAAAGGAAAGACACACCAUUGAAGUCAAAAGAUAUUCUGUCCAUUCUGAAUCUGUAGUUUGUUUCAAUGUAACUGAAUUUCCUGCUCUUGUAAAGACAUGCAGAUAUUGUGGACAAUGUAACUGGGUGUUUUGCUGAUGAAACAAAAUUAUGUGUGUGCUGUAAAACAUGUUUUGAGUGAAGAAUGUGGGUUUUUUUUUUUUGUAUUUUUUUUGCAGGGGGGUUGAAAUAUCCCCGCUGUUUGUUUAUGCCAGAGUGACUGUUUCCAGGAGAGAGCAGAUCUGUCAGCCCAGUUCCUUACUACUUCUGCACACUGAAAAAGAUGCAGUGUUGACCCAUGCUAAUAUUUCCUUGUGAAACAGUUCCCACGCCGUUGUGUUUUGCUAGAUUACCCUAAUAUUUGUGUUGAACUUGGGAUAGACAUACUGCUACAUGAAUUGACUGUUUGGAAUUCUCGAAGUGUGUGGAUUUGACUGUUGAUUAUUUGUGUAUUGACGCAAUCAAAGCCAAAUAGAGUGCAAUACUCGGCUGCAACCAGCAGAGGCACUGUUGAGUCACUCUUAACUGAACGGUCGAAAGAAGAGCAUGACGUAUGUAUAAAAUUGAGCUAUAUUCACGCAGACCUUCACAUUCUGCUCAGUACCACGCUGGCAUUGAAAUAGGAGUUCAGAACAUUCCGAAAGAGGCUCUUUUACCCCAUUAAAAAAAUAAUAAUGUAUCGAUAACAAUUAGUUAUCAACAAUUCAAUCAACAAUUAGUUAAAAUUAAAUGAACCUCCCCAGUUUACCCAACACAAUUUGGAACUAGUUUAAAUAAAAAAUGUAAACGUAUAUUCAAAUGCUUUUUUAAAAUUUUUGAGUGCCAACACUGACAUUUACAAAGGCCGCAGUAUGAGUAAUGAUUGUCCGUUUAUUUAGAUUUUUAUUUUGUUGUUUGUUGUAUAAAUGUCAUUGCAGCUGCACAUAUUUGACUCUGUGUACCAAGGGAUGGACUUUCCAUCGUAUGGAGUCGGGAUGGGACACAGUGUUACGCCUGUAAUUUCUAUCAACUGUGCAAAAUUGAGAUAAAUGUGCUACGAUCAGAAAAAGGAUACAAAUGCCUUUUUUCAUCAUAAUAUGUUCUGUAGCAUCAAAGACUUGCAUUGGAAUUAGUUCUUGUAACCUCCUCUCCUUAGUUGUCAUAUGAAGUCAUCCUGAUCACAGUCUUGCACGAUUGUGGUCAAGGCAACUAAACAGCAGCCUCUCCUUGAUCUUUCUGAGAUCUUAAUUUAUUACAAUGCUCAAACUUGUUUUGAAGUUUAUCGUUUACAGCAGCGUCCCCAUGAAGCUCCCUUCAUAAAGUCUCAAUCUAUUGUUAAAUGUACUGUAUGCUUUUGUGUUUGCAGUUUCCAAUACAAAAAGUCUGAACAGUCCUUUUGCUUUGCCACAGUGUUCAAUUAUUACUUUUUUUCAUAUAAUUCCAUUUUCUACAUCAGUCUAUUUGGAGCAGCCGCACACGUCCUUAUUAAUUAUUGACAAGGUGGUAGAACCACUGGCCUUCUCUCUAGUCCGACUGUUGCCACGGUGACAAUAAUGAGAACAGGUGCAAAUGUCUUUCUGCAUAUAAUUACUGGCUGUACAAAAAGCAAAGUUUGUAUUUAUUGUGUACAAAUGUUAAUUAAUAAAAUGAUA